CACCGCGAGCCGAGCCCCGCCAGCAGUGAGCAGGACGCGCCUCACACACCCGCCGUCAGCGCCGACCCACAACCCUACACCUGCGACACUUGCCAGACACAGUUCACAGACAAGUCGACAUUAAUCACACAUAUACAGAACCAUUUCACACGAACAGACGAGAGUGAAAAAGUCUUGGUUAAACAUGAUGGAAAGAAACCAUAUGUAUGUAAAGUUUGUAACAAGCGGUUUGCAUAUAGAGGGGGUUUAAAUACUCAUAAGAAAACUCACAGUGGAGUGAAACCAUACGUAUGUAAGGUUUGUAACAAGCGGUUUACACAAAACUGGCAUUUAAAAAGACAUUUGGCAAGUCACAGUGGAGUGAAGCCAUACGUAUGUAAGGUUUGUAGUAAGCGAUUCACACAAAAACAGUCGUUACAUUUUCAUGAGAAUAUUCACAGUGGAGUGAAACCAUACUCAUGUAAGGUUUGUAACAAGGGGUUUGUACGAAUAGGGCAUUUAAAAACACAUGAGAAUUAUCACAGUGGAGUCAAACCAUACAUAUGUAAGGUUUGUAACAAACGGUUUACACGUAGCGAGGGUUUAAAUUACCAUGAGAAAACUCACAGUGGAGUCAAACCAUACAAAUGCAGAGAAUGUAACAUGCAAUUUACAGCAAAAACUAAUUUAGAUCGUCACGAGAGAACAUUACACAGGGGAGUGAAAGCAUACAUAUGUAAGGUUUGUAGCAAGCGAUUCACAUCAAAACCGUCCUUACAUUCCCAUGAGAAUAUUCACAGUGGAGUGAAACCAUACGCGUGUAAGGUUUGUAACAAGCGCUUUGCACAUAGAGGGGGUUUAAAUAACCAUGAGAAAACUCAUAGUGGAGUCAAACCAUACGUAUGUAAGGUUUGUAGUAAGCGAUUCACAAGAAAACAGUUAUUACAUUCCCAUGAGAAUAUUCACAGUGGAGUCAAACCAUACAUAUGUAAGAUUUGUAGUAAGCGAUUCACAACAAAACAGUCAUUACAUUUCCAUGAGAAUAUUCACAGUGGAGUCAAACCAUACACAUGUAAGGUUUGUAACAAGCGGUUUACACAAAGACAGAGUUUAAAAACACACGAGAAAACUCACUGUGGAGUCAAAUCAUACAAAUGUAGAGAAUGUAACAAGCUAUUUGCAGUAAAAAGUAGUUUAGAUCGUCAUGAGAGAACAUUACACAGGGGAUUAAAGCCAUACAGUUGUGAGGAAUGUAAUGAAGGAUUUACUACAAAAGUUAAUUUAGAUGCACACAAAAAAAGAGCCCACAAUGGAGCCACGUCAUACAAAGGCUUAGACCGGACACAAAAAGGGACUUUAGAAAAUAAUAAAAUAACUCAACACAGCUAUGAAGAAAGUGACAAACAUUUAAAUGAAAAUAGUUCAGAUGCGCAUGUUGGAGUGAAGCCGUACAGUUGUGAGGAAUGUAACAACAAGUUUACAUCACACUGUGAGUUAGAGAGACAUAAAAGAAUCCACACCGGCGAGGAGUCGUACGAGUGCGAGAUAUGUGAAUCUAUCUUUUUUGAUGAAGCCAGUUUAAUAACACAUCUUAAUACUCACACGACCAAAAUAGUAAAGUCUUGAUAAGUUGGUUCUUAAAGUCGUUAGACAACUCCGUAUAAUGGGGUCAGUUAACCUAGUGAUCUGUUUGUCUAGUACUCUGAUCAAUUAUAGCCAAGAGUUAUUGUAACAGAGAAGUAAAAUCUAAACAAACAUGCCCAUAGUUUGAUAGCCGAAACAGGUGGCGCUGUACUGAUCUAUAUUGUAUUGUUGUAUUGUAUAGGUUAUAGGACUUAUAGGCGGAGAAGAUGUAUUGUAAAAACAAGUCGGUUAAUUUUAUUCAGUGCUGUGUUAUCUACCGCUCCAUAGAACUCAACUGUCAUAAACUGUUACCUAACAAUGAUUAAUUAAUUAACUGUUAUAGUGACCAUUGUACCUAAUAUUGAUUAGACAUCUUGUAGCUCAC